AUGUCCUCCUCUCAAUAUUCCAUCCAAUCUAUUGAUCCUCGGCUUGUUCAAACAGGCGCUUUUAUCAAUAACGAAUUUAUCACACCAAAGGGUCCUACCUUUGAUGUUAUCGAUCCAGCUACUGGGAAACCUUGGAUCGCCCUUACUUCUUGUACAGUUGCAGAUGUCUCCAGUGCUGUUGACGCUGCUACUGCUGCAUUCCCCUCUUACAGUAAACUUUCAGCUCGUGAACGUGCACGACUAAUUCUUGCCUGGGACGACCUCAUCAGAAGUAACCGUGAAGACUUGGCUCAUAUUCUAGUUUUUGAAACUGGAAAGCCAUACAAUGAAGCUUUAGGUGAGGUCGAUUAUGCUUUGACCUUUUCUUGGUGGAUGGCCGGUGAAGCAGAGCGCCAACAUGGAUCAGUCGCCAAUGGCAAUGGUCCAGGACCUACUGCUGAUAAUCGUAUGGUUGUCAUCAAACAACCUGUCGGUGUUGUUGCUUGUUUAACUCCAUGGAACUUUCCAAUUGCUCUUUUUGUGAGAAAAGUAGCAACCGCUCUUGCUGCUGGAUGUACCGUUGUUGCCAAACCUUCUCCAGAAACUCCAAUUUCUUCUCUGGCUCUAGCAGAACUCGCACGCAGAGCUGGAAUCCCCAAGGGUGUCUUAAACAUUCUCCCCUGCGAUUCUGGAAAUACUCCAUCUAUUGGCAAAUCGCUUUGUGAACACCCAACCAUAGCCAAAAUCAGCUUUACAGGAUCAACUGCAGUAGGCAAACUUUUAGCUACCCAAUGCGCUCCAUAUCUCAAGAAGCUUACUCUUGAACUUGGCGGUAAUGGUCCCUUUAUCAUUUUUGAGGAUGCUGAUCUUGAAAAGGCAGUCACUAAUCUCAUGGCGUGCAAAUUCCGUCAUGCGGGCCAAACCUGUGUUUGUGCCCAACGCGUGUUUGUUCAAGCAAGCAUUUAUGACCGAGUUUUGGAUAUGCUCAAAGAUCGUAUGCAAAAGGAACUUAAUCCAGGUCAUGGUUUGGAUAAUAAAACCACAAUUGGUCCUUUAACAACUCCACGGUCAGUAAAAAAGGCUCAGUCUCAUGUUGACGAUGCAAUUCAGCGUGGUGCAUCCAAAGUGGUUUCAAUCGAGGUCCCCUCCACCACUACCGGCUAUUUUUUUAGCCCUACACUCCUUGCAAACGUCACAGAUGAUAUGCUUGUAGCCAAAGAAGAAAGCUUUGCUCCUAUUCUUUCUCUUUUCACUUUUGACUCUGAAAUCGAAGUGCUUCGUCGUGCUAAUGCAACUUCCAUGGGACUCACUUCUUAUGUCUUUUCACAAGAUUCUGACCGUCUUUGGCGCAUGUUUGAGGGUAUUGAAACUGGCAACGUGGGACUUAAUGUUGGCAUGACCACUUCUGCAGAAGCUCCCUUUGGAGGUUGGCACGAUUCAGGUUACGGAAAAGAAGCCGGGUUAGGCUAUGGUAUUGGAGAGUACUUGAAGGUCAAAACGGCUACUUGGCGUAUUAAUUUUUCAAAAUAG